AUGGACGCACUACGGCAUCGCUUCGAACAGCUGCUGGAACGGAGGAACCUAGUAACCGAGGUGCUCGGAGCGCUCGAAGCCAGGACCGGUGUCGAGAAGCGCUAUUUGGCCGCGGGCGCCGCGACCGUCCUAAGCCUGUAUCUUCUUUUCGGCUACGGGGCAGCUCUGCUGUGCAAUCUCAUCGGGUUUGCAUACCCCGCAUAUGCUUCAAUCAAGGCUAUCGAAAGUCCAAGCACAGAGGACGACACACUGUGGCUCACAUACUGGGUGGUGUACGGCCUCUUCGGUGUAGUGGACUUCUUCAGCGAUCUCCUCCUAUUCUGGUGCCCUUUCUACUUCGUGGGCAAGUGCGCCUUCCUCUUGUUCUGCAUGAUUCCCGGGCCGUGGAACGGGUCCCACAUCCUGUAUCAGCGCGUAAUCCGCCCACUGUUCCUAAAGCAUCACGCAGUCGUGGACGGAAUCAUGAGCGAUCUGAGCGCCCGAGUCCUGGACGUGGCGGCCGGGGUCACCAGGGAUGCCGUCUGGCCCUCGUGUGGGAUCUCUGCACCCCUGCUGGUCGUUCCUCUCACUGUACCCCUUUUCCCCCCACGCUCUCGGGGACCAGUUCUAAGGAUUCUGGCCCGGAGCCGGGGUCUCAUCACUCCCACAGAGGGGGCAGGACCCCCACUGCCCUUGGAGCAGAGCGCAGGUAAUCUCUUGGACAGCGACCAGGACCCCAGCGACCGCAACGACCAGGAUCCCAGCGACUACAGCAACCACAGUGACCAGGACCACAACGGCAGCUGCUGCCGCCAGCCCAGGUCCCCACCCGAAGCUAGCCCCUCGAGGCCCAACAAGAACUCCGGGGGCUCCUCUCAGGCCACCAUGGGCAACGUCCAGUCCUCCUCCGGGGUUGGGGUGCAGACCCCGGAAGCCUCACACAGCCUCCCCCAGACACCUGGUCAGGAAGGGGUGCAGUCUAGCAGCAGCUCCACCACAAACCCGCAGGCCUCCAGCCAGCACUCGCCACCUCUGGUGUCCAGUGGCCCCUCACAGACCACCCACAAGGCAGACCACCCACUGGUCACCGAGCAGAACUCUGUGGGCACAAACAGCCUGUUAUCGUCCACCGUCCAGUCUCCUGGUAGCACCAGCAUCCCGCCGCAGGCCUCCGAGGCGCCCAGCAAAACCACCAGCCAGCCAGAAAAUGCAGCCCCCAAGCCUGGCGUGAGUCACCACCACAAGCAGUCCACCAAGGCCUUCAAGGCUGAACCCGAGCCCUUGGACACGUCCUCGGAGGCCAGCACCGUGUCCAUCUCGGAGCUCACCCUCAGCUGGCCCUCCACAGGGCACCGGCUCCACUGCCUGCGGCAUUACUGGUGGGGGCGACGCCUGGCCUGUUAG